AUGGGCUCCGGAAGUUCCAAGCCGCAGGGCUCGCAAUAUGUCUUUGCUGCAGACAGUCCCGUCAGCUUCUCACCUUCCGUCGUCGACUCGCUACAGAACAGCCCCGAGACCGACUCGACCCGCCAGCGCAACCUCGAACUCCAGAUCCAACAGCGCGUAACCGAAGAACUCGAGCGCAUCCGCAAAGAAGAAGCCGCCCGCCUCGCCCAAUACACCGAGCGCCUGACCCCUUCUUCUGACGAGCAAGACUCCUCUUCCGACUCCUCUUCCUCCCCCUCGCUCAAGGAAAAGCUCUCCUCGGCACUCACACCCUCAUCCUCGCAACCCAAGGACCGCAGCAACGACAGCGUGUCAAAAGAAGUCGCCGAGCUGCGCAGCAAGCUCGAGCGUCGCAAGAACCUGGCUGACAACAAGGCUGAUGCGAACCUGGAAAAGGCAAAGGAGGGCUUGGUGCAGUGUUUGAGGUUGAACGAUCGCAGGCCUUUGGAUUGCUGGGAGCAGGUCGAGGCCUUCAAGGCAGAGGUUGCCAAGUUGGAGCAAAAGUUUGUUGAUAGAGCUUUGCGAUGA